CCCAGACAUGCCCGUCCCAUCAGGCUGCUGGCUCCUUCUCCUUUGCCUCGCUGCCGCUGGCAAACAGUUGUCACUACAAAUCACUCCGCCAUGUGAGAACGAACAACACUAUGAAUACUCUGGACGGUGCUGCACAAAGUGUGAGCCAGGAAAGUAUAUGUCUGCUAGAUGCACUGGUACUUCUGACAGCGUGUGCCAGCCGUGUGGCCCAAACGAGUAUAUGGAUGUCUGGAAUGAAGAAGAUAAAUGCUUACUACAUAAAAUAUGCGAUCAAGGGAAAGCUUUGAGAGAAGUGAACCCAGGGAACAGCACGUUCCAGCGGCAGUGUGCUUGUACGAUGGGCUACCACUGGAAUGAAGACUGCGACUGCUGUCAGCGAAAUACCAUAUGUGCUCCAGGAUUCGGAGUUGAGCGUCCUGUGCAACAAGAUAAGGACACAAUGUGUAUACCAUGUCCCAGAGGCUACUUCUCAAACGUCGCUUCAUCUACUGACGAGUGUAAAUCCUGGACCAACUGUACAGCUCUAGGAAUGGCAGAAAUCGUGCCUGGGACCGAUAAGUCAGAUGCAGUUUGCACAGAACGGAAGAUGCCUGAGCCAUCGGAAGACGGAACAAACAGGAUCUUAUACGUGUUGAUUGUCGUCUUGUUUUUUGUGGCACUAAUUGGCAUUGUCAUCUUCAUUGUAUACUACAAGAAUAAGGGAAAAAAGCUGACAGCAGAUCUACAGAAUUGGGCUAACGAAGUGUGCAGCCAAAUAAAAGGAUCAAAGGAGCCCCACAGAGAUGCAUUUGUUACCGAGAACAUCACGAAUGCUGCCGUCCCCCAGGCCUCUGAAGGCAUGUGUCUCCUGGGCCCCACCAGCUCUCCUGCCCCUGGGAACUCAUGCUGCACCAGUGGUCACGCUCCUUGCAGGAACGGGAGCCCCAGCAUAGCACCAUGCCAGGCGGGAGGGAACCUCCAAGAGUUUUCUGUGGUAAAUGAGACUGAUGAUGACCAUUUCCCACCAGUUCCCACGGAAGAUGAAUACACGGAUAAGGAUCUCAAUACCGCUGAUUAUUUAUCUUUGCUGAGUCGGACUGCCAGUAAAACGGUGUCAUCAUUUUCGGAACCGAUGGAGGCAGGGGAGAACGACAGCUUAAAUCAGUACUUUUCAGGGAUUGGGAGCACAGAGGACAUAACAGUCUCUCAAGGCUUUCACCCUUCCUCCAACACAGAUGGGGCACACACUGCCACGGACAAACUUCUUCAGAAAUCUUGCCAACAUGCCCACAGUUGCCUGAAAGAAACAGACAACAAAGGCACAGAUCAUUUUGCAACAAACUGUGACUCAGAGAAGAUCUGUGUGAGGUGUGGCAUUUCGUACAGGGAGUCUCCCAGAAAGUGGAGCAAACCCUGUUGUGCUGCAGCUGACAGUGCCUCCACCUCCCCAGAAACUGGAUCCUAUGCACAGUGCACCUGUGGCCUGAAUUUCCUCUCUGCUGGUCAGAGCACACUAGCAAGUGAUCAUAGUAUGGAAGAUGCAUCUUCAGAUAGUACCAACAUGAAGUACCAGAACACAAACAGAAGCACUUCAGGGACAAACAGAAGCACUUCAGGGACAAACAGAAGCACUUCAGGGACAAACAGCAGCACUUCAGACCUCCCUCCAGCAUCUGGAAAUGUGACUGGAAACAGUAACUCCACCUUUAUCUCAAGCGGACAAGUAAUGAAUUUCAAGGGCGACAUCAUCGUUGUCUACCUUAGCCAAAACUCCCAGGAGGGGGCAACGGCCUCGGGGCCGAGCGAGGAGAAUGUGGGCAGCCCCGUCCAGGAGGAGAACCUCAGCCGCUGCGAGACUUUCGCCGGCAACACCCAGCACUACAAGGAGAAGUGUGCCGAGCUGCAGGGCGCCCGCCCGGCCGCGGGGCGGGGGGGGCAUCGGUGCCCCACGGGGGACCGGGGCCCGUCCCGCCACGGCCAGGCCUCGCAGCCCGUGCAGGAGGAGGGGAAGCUGGGACACUUCUCAGAGAAGGCGUUGAACUGA